CCCCCUGGUUCACAGUGCUGGUGGCGGCGUGGGUGCUGUGUGGGCUGGGCGUCUCAGGGCGGCUGCUCUACUCGAAGCAUUCCCAAUACGAGAGCCGCAGGGAGGAGGCGCUGGGCGUGUGGUGCAAGGAGCGCGCCCUCAUGCUGCAGCAGCUCGUGCUCACCCAUGUGGGGCAGAUGCAGACACUCACAGGCAUCAUCUCAGUGAUGGGCAAGCCGGGACAGCGGGGCAAGUGGGGGCUGGACACGUGUUUAAACGGCAGCACGUGGGAGGCGUACCUCACUCACACCGCCUAUGCCCGCCCGGGCAACACGGGGGCGACCGCGUGUGUCUUUGUCACGGACGAGGAGAGAGCGACCUUUGAGCGACUAUACGGUACCAUAAAGGACAACACUAGGAACGUCAGCGCCCACCGCCCCAUGUACUGCCCCAAGAUUCUCGAUUUCUCCACAGUCGAGGCAGCCAAUGGCUCAUGGCACGUCGACCUCAUGAAGCGAUUCGUCAAUGAGAUUCCCCUUGCAGUGGCGGGAAAGGCGCUUUACACGUGGCCGUAUCCCAUGGCUAAUUCUUCAGGCCAUGCUGGGUUUG